UCGCCCGAAUAUACAUAAAUUGUAAGGCAAAACAAAUCUGGACGUCCAGUCACGUAGGGGCAAGCAGAUAACGCCCAAAGCUCUUAACAUUAGACCCGCCCGCAGUUCAAGGUCACUUAUUAAUGGCUCUCUCACUCCCUUUUACAGGUACCAACACAGCUCCACAGAAUGCAACUCCUUAGCCUGUCCCUGUUGCUGCUGCUGCCGGCCUUCCUUAGCGCCGAGCUGUGCAACGUGAAGCCCGAUAAUAAGUAUCUGGAGAAGCGCGUGAGACUGUACCACGGACAGCAGAACUUUGCCGUAUCCAUGCUGGAUGUGAUCCGCACAUCGACGCCCAACGACAACGUCUUCUUCUCGCCGUACAGCACCUACCAUGCCCUGCUGCUGGCCUACUUUGGCUCCUCGGGCGAGACGGAGCAGCAGCUGAGAAGCGUCCUGAAUCUGGACUGGGCCGAGUCCAAGGAAAUGGUGCGCAGCGCUUACAGCAUGGAGAAGCGGAACCGCGAGGCCAGGUCUAAAAAGUCGCCCCUGGAGUUCUCGUCGGCAGAUCGCAUGUACUUUGAUCAGGAAACGCAGCUGGCCAGCUGCUUGGAGAACCGCUUCAGCGAUGAAAUUGUGAAGCUGGACUUCAAGGGCAAGCCCGAGGAGUCGCGCAUUCAGAUCAAUGACUGGAUAGCCGCCGAGACUCACAAUCAGAUCAAGGAUAUGCUCGCACCGGGCGACAUCGAUGCCCGCACCCAACUGGCGCUGGCCAAUGCUGCGUACUUCAAGGGCCAGUGGGUCAGCAAGUUCCAGGUCAACAACACCGCCCAGAUGCCCUUCUAUACGUCCAGCGCGAACCUCUCGCUGGUGCCCAUGAUGCAGCAGAAGGGCACCUUCCUGCACAAUGUGGAUGAGCAGCUGCGCGCCCAUGUCCUGCAGAUGCCCUUCCGCACAACCUUUGACGAGGCCGAGGAGGAUGAGGAGACUAAGUCCGACAUGUCCAUGGUGGUGGUGCUGCCGCCCUUCAGUAGCGGAUCCCUGGAGGAUGUUCUGUCCCGCCUGAAUGCCACCACGCUGGAGGAGUCGCUCAACAAUGCCAUGCCACGUGAGAUCGAGGUGUCGAUACCCAAGUUUGAGUUCGAGCAGCGUCUGGAAUUGGUUCCCAUACUCGCAAAAAUGGGAAUCACCAAGAUAUUCGAACCGACUGCCACAUUCCAUGACUUCACAGAGCAGAGCGUUUCCUUUGGUGAUGCCAAGCAUCUGGCCAAGAUCAAGGUCGAUGAGGAGGGCAGCACGGCGGCGGCUGCUACCGUUUUGGUCAGCUAUCGCUCGGCCCGACCCAUCGAACCCACCAAAUUCGAUUGCAACCAUCCGUUCGUGUUCCUCAUCUGGGAUCACGCAUCCAGGGCGAUCCUCUUUACGGGCAUCUAUCGCGAUCCCAAGACACUAAAGCAGUAAAUUCGCGAUCCUUCGUUUCCUUGUUAUUUCCUAAUUAACCCCAACCAAAUUCUGUCUCGACUGUAAAUGACGAUGUAAACGUUUAAUUACUAUACUUAUUUGUACGAUAAUAAAUUAUACCAAUAACAA